ACAGCUCUUCAACGAUCCCCCCCGUCGCACUUACGCAAUGAAGCUCUCGUUCCUCCUCUUCGGCGGCGCCGCGGCGCUCGCGCCCCAGCCGGUCAAGCUCGACCGCCGCCAGGCCAUGAAGACCGUCGCCGGCACCUUCGCCGCCGCCGUCGCCGCGCCCCAGAUCGCGUCCGCCGACGGCGCCGUGUCCGCCGCGACCGUCGCGCGGUCGCGCGGCAUCUACGGCGGCCGCAUCGCCGACCUCAAGGACGCCGUCGAGAAGGGCGACUUCGCGGCCGUGCUCGCGGAGAAGAACGCCUUCGACCUCUUCAACAGCGGCGCCUACGCCCAGAAGAGCGCCAUCACCAAGGCCCAGAAGGCCAUCGCCGUCACCGAGACAAAGAACAUCAUGGAGGCGAUCGCGUCCAAGAACGCGAACCAGCUCAAGACGUCCUACGCCGCCUACAUGAAGAACGCGGCCAUCGACACCAAGCCCGUCGACGUGUCCACGGGCCAGGGCUACUCCAACGACUACGACUGGAAGCGAGCGUUUCCAGCCUCCACACCAAUGUAUCUCUACCUCCUCGCGCUCGUCGUCUUAUCGUGGGUCCUGCUGCGCCUGCGCCGCCGCGCGGAGCCCGUCGAGGCCCGCAGCGAGGACCCAGUGAAGAGCCCGCCCGCUGAGGACCCCCCGUCGACCGUCGUCCUCACGAUCAACGGCGCCGUCCACUGCGUCGAGAACCCGAGCCCGUCGCUCACGCUCCUGGCCUACCUCCGGGACCGCUGCGGCCUCACGGCCGCCAAGGUCGGCUGCGGCGAGGGCGGCUGCGGCGCGUGCACCGUCGUCGAACACAACACGGACGCCAUCAACGCGUGCCUGCGCCUCCUGUGCCAGUGCGACGGGUCCGUCAUCACGACGGCGGAGGGCCUCGGAUCGUCGCGGAACGGCUUCGGGGACAUCCAGAAGGCCAUCGCGGACGGCAACGGGAGCCAGUGCGGCUACUGCACGCCCGGCUGGACGACCGCCGUCGCCGCGCUGCGCGCGCGCGGCCCGCGGUCCCGCGGCGACCUGCAAAAAAAGCUCGACGGCAACAUCUGCCGCUGCACGGGCUACCGGCCCAUCCUCGAGGCCUUGGAGGGUCUGCCCGACGUCGAGGACGCGGCGCCGUGCCGCGACGUGACGACGGGCAGAGCCUGCGGGCGCGCGUGCGGCGCGCCGCCGUCGCGGGGCCUGAGCGUCGCCGACGACGCGCGACGCCUGAGCUACGUGGAGCCCACGAGUCUGCCGCGGCUCUACGCGCUUUUGGACGCGGGCCUCGGCUACGGCGAGACCGUCCUCGUCGGCGGCGCGACGGCGGCCAUCGGCGUCGCCAAGUACUACGACGACUGCCUCGGCGCGCCCUGGGCCGGGGGCCUGCCCCCGCUGGAGGACGCGCAACUCGUGGCGACGAAGUCCGUGCCCGAACUGACGAAGCUCGCCGCCGCCGACGACGGCCUCGCGGCCGGCGGCGCCGUCACCAUCGACGCGCUCUCCGCGGCGCUCCGCGGCGGCCUGGACGUGGCGUGGAACGCGGCGGCGGCGCACCUCGACCGCGUCGCGAACACGCAGGUGCGCAACAGCGCGACCUGGGCCGGGAAUCUCGCGCUCGCGGCGCGCGCCGACGGCUUCCCCUCGGACGUCGCCGUUGCCCUCGCGUGCCUCGGCGCCGAGCUCUCCGUGUCGCGGCGCGACGGGAAGACCAAGCGUCGCCUGCAAAAGCUCGCCGUCGUCGACGUUUUAACCGGCUGGCGCGCGGGCGACGUCGUCGUCGAGCUCUUCGUGCCGCGGUCGCCCGCCGGGACGACGGCGCGCUGCGACAAGGUCGCCGCGCGCCACGCGAACGCGCACGCCUACGUCAACGCGGGCCUGAGCGUGCGCGUCGCCUCGGGCGUCGUCGCGUCCGCGCGGCUCUUCUUCGGCGGCGUCGCCCCGAGGACGAAGCUGUUCCGCGCGACGGCCGCGGAGGCCGCGCUCGCGGGCAAGCCCGUCGCCGACGCCGACGCGUUCCAGGCCGCCGUCGCCGCCUUGCGCGCGCAGCUCCCGACGGACGACGCGUACGCGACGGACUGCGCGGUGCAGCUGCUGUACAAGGCCUGCCUCCUCGCGCAGCCGUCGCUGCCGCCGCGCGUCGCCAACGCGCUCCGGUCCCUCGCGGCGCACCGGCCGCCGUCGUCGGGCGCGCGCGACGUCGCCGGCGCGUCCGACGGCCGCUACGCGCCGGCCUGCGCGCCGCGCGUCAAGCUCGCGGCGCGGCUCCAGGCGUCGGGCGAGGCCCGCUACGCGGCCGACGAGCCCCGGGCCUGCAACGAGGUCUCCGUGGCCUUUGCUUUCGCGAAACGGUCCGGGACGGUGACGGCCGUCGACGUGUCCGGCGCCGCGCGCGUGCUCGGCGCCGUCGCGGUUUAUUCGCGCGACGACGCGCUCCGGGAUUUAGUCGCCACGGAGUCGCUCGCGCUCGACGACGCCGACGACUUAUUGCUCUGGGGCGUCGGCGACGACGUCUUCGUCGGGUGCCGCGUGGCCCUGUGCGUCGGGACGUCCGACCUCGCGGCGCUGGCCAUGGCCCGGGCCGUGCGCUGCGCGACGGACGGCGGCGCCGGCGGCGCCGCGGCGCUGACGUCGGCGGAGUUGAAGGCCGCGCUCGCGGCCCACUUCUCGGACGACGGCUCCGGCAAGGGCCGCAAGCUCGGCCUCCGGCGCGGCGCGCUCCGCGUCGUCGACGACCACGUCGUCCUGAAAACGACAUCGUCGACGACGACCGACGACCGCGUCGUCCUGAAAACGACGUCGUCGACGAAGACCGACGACCGCGUCGUCCUGAAAACGACAUCGUCGACGAAGACCGUGUCCGGCGCCUUCGCGACGCCGCUCCAGAAGCACUUCCACAUGGAGACGCACUCGGCGCGGUGCGUCCCCGGCGAGGGCUCCCGGCUGCUCCUGACGGCGUCGACGCAGGACCCGACGCUCACGCAGACCGUCACCGCGUCCUUGCUCGGCCUCCGGGCCGCGGACGUUGUGGUGGCGUGCCGCCGCGCGGGCGGCGGCUUCGGCGGGAAGCUGACGCUCCACCUGCCGGCGGCGACGUCCGUCGCGCUCGUCGCGGCGAAGCUGGGCGUGCCCGCGCGGUACCACGCGGACCGCCGCGACGACAUGGCCAUGACCGGCGGCCGCGAGGCGACGGCGUGCGACUACGAGGUGUCGUUCGACGCGGCGACGGGCGCGCUCGCGAGCUACGCCGCGACCUUCGCCGUCGAGGGCGGCCACGCGACGCAGGACGCCGUCGGCGACCUCUCCAUGGCCGUGCAGUGGAGCGACAACUGCUACGACAGCGGCCGCCACGACGCCAAGGGCAAAGUGCUGAAGACGCGCGCGCCGCGGUCGUCGUCGAUGCGGUCGCCGGGCGUCAUCCAGUCGCAGUGCUGCCGGGAGCUCGCCAUCGUGCGCGUCGCCCACGAGACGCGGCGGCCCGUCCACGAGGUGCAGGAGCUCAAUUUUUACAAAGUCGGCCAGAAAUUCCCCUACGGGUCCAAGCCUCUCGGGUCGCCGACGUUCAACUACACGAUCCCCGAGCUCUACGCCGCUCUGAAGCCCAAAUUACUGGCGCGCCUCGACGCCGUCGACCAAUUCAACGAGGCCAACGCCUGGCGGAAGCGCGGCGUCCACGUCAUGCCCACGAAGUACAUCAUGGCCAUGGACUUCUGGAAGGUGCCGGCUCUCGUGAACGUCUACGGCGACGGGUCCGUGCAGGUCGCGCACGGCGGCUGCGAGCUCGGCCAGGGCAUCCACACGAAGGUCGCCGCCGUGGCGGCGUAUGCCCUGGGCUGCGAUUUGUCUUUGGUGACCGUGGCCGACACUUCUACCGACAAGACGCCGAAUUCGGUCGCCACGGGCGGCUCGGGCACGUCGGAGUCGUGCUGCGGCGCGACGCUCAAGGCCUGCGCGACGCUGAAAAAGCGUUUAGCGCCCUACGUCGCGAAGCACGCGAAAUGGGCGGACGCCGUCGCCGCGGCGCUCGCGGACGCCGUCGAGCUCAGCGCGACGGGCUGGAACGACCUAAGGACGUCGGAAAGCGGCGACGACCCGGACUACGCGACCUACGGCCUCGCUUUGGCGGAGGUCGAGGUCGACUGCCUCAGCGGCGAGGUCGAGGUCCGGGAGGUCGACGUGCGCAUGGACCAGGGCUCGAGCCUAAACUCGGACGUCGACGUCGGCCAGGUCGAGGGCGCCAUAGUCAUGGCGCUGGGCUUCUACCUCACGGAGCACUGCGCCGUCGACGCGUCGGGGAAGCAGUCGGGCGACGGCACCUGGGAGUACAAGCCGCCCAUGGUCGCGGACGUGCCCCUCGACCUCCGCGUGUCCAUGCUCGCGCGGACGCCGAACCCGUCGGCCGUGGCGGUCCUGGGGAGCAAGGCGUCGGGCGAGCCGCCCAUGCAGCUCGCGGCGUCGGUCUUCUUCGCGCUCCGCGCGGCCGUCGCGGCGUUCCGCCGCGACGCGCUCGGCGACGCGGCCUGGUUCGACCUGCCGGUGCCCGCGUCGCCGAAGGCGAUCCGCGCCGCGCUCGGGCGCCUCGACGACGCGGGCCUCGUCUUCGCGUACUCGAUGGCGACGGACGACCGCUUCGACUCCUUGAGCUUCUGCGCCUUCCACUUCGAGAUGUGGGGCCGCACGGGCGACGCGGCCCGCGUGCCCUCGCCCUCUCGCGCGCUCUCCACGAACCGCACAGCUCGCGCGACCGCUGAAACAGAAAGCAUGGCCGCCCUCGCCGCGAUGGCCGGGAAGCUCGGCCUCGACAUGGACGACCUGAACGACAGCGACCGGCCGCCGCCGGGCCCGCCCAAGGACCCGAACGAGCCCGUGCUCGCGCCGGUCAUGGGCAAGUCGUCGGUCGAGGUCAUCGAGGGCAGCGACGAGAUCCGGCCCGAGGGCUGGUGGCACCCCAAGGGCGCGUCGGAGCAGGGGCAAAAGUCGGACGCGCCCGUCCUGGCCCCCGAGAAGCUCGCGGCCGAGGCGGCGUCGGCGUACGUCGAGACCGUGCCCUUCGACACCUUCGCCCUGAGCGACGAGGGCAAGAAGGUCGUGCUCUACUUCGGCCUGCCCGGCGCGAAGGCGAACCUCGGCAAGGACGCCGUCGCGGCGUCGUUCCGGACGCAGGCCCUCGAGGUCACGGCGCGCGUCGGCAGCAAGCGCUACCGCUUCCACGAGUCCAUCAUCUACGAGCACAUCGUCCCCGCCAAGGGCAAGGUCAAAGUCAAGAGCGACCACGUCGUCGUCACCAUGUUCAAGGUCCACGCCGCGUGCCCCUGGGACACGAUCUCCGUGAACCGCAAGGCCGUCGGCCCGGUGCGCACGUCGCCGCCGGACCACGGCCGGCCGACGGUCGUCACGGCGAGCGGCGACGCGGCCUAA